AUGACACCACUGAUCAAUGUAAACUCACGGCAACUCUUGCGAGGAAUAAUUCCCGUUGCCAUAGUGAUUGCUUUUUGGAGGGUCUAUUGUAUAAAGAAACCAGAUAAAUGGUUGGUGCCUUUACCAUUAAUUAACUACCAAAACAGUCACGCAAAAGAACAGCUGGAGGUCCCUAGGGCUUCACGGGAAGGUGAGGACGGCCUGAACUGUACGGCCGUCGUGCUGGGAGACCCAGGCAGCCUGAAGAAGGCCAAGUGGCUGGCCCAGAACAGGGACUACAGAAGGAAAGUCAAGCUCACAGAUGAAUACUACAUAAAUGCCACUCAGGACUGCAGAAACUUUAGGUUAACGAGAGGUUACGCCACUCAGGCUUUCCAUGAAGAAAUGGACUUCCCCCUGGCAUACUCUAUCGUCGCCCACCAUAAGGUCGAGAACUUUGAGCGGCUCUUGCGAGCCAUCUACGCGCCCCAGAAUGUGUACUGCGUCCAUGUCGACACAAAAGCCCAAGCUACCGUAGCAGCCGCCAUCGCCAACAUCGCUUCCUGUUUCCCCAACGUCUUCAUGGUCAGUCAACCCGUGAAAGUGGUCUACGCCGGCUGGACUCGGGUGCAGGCGGACCUCAACUGCAUGUCGGAUCUGCUGAACGUCAGCACGGAGUGGAAGUAUUUCAUCAACCUCUGUGGGCAGGACUUCCCCAUGAAGACCAACCUGGAGAUGGUGCGAGACCUGAAGGCUCUGGAUGGGGCAAACAGCAUACACUUUAGGCCCAUUCCCCAGAAUCAGAAAUGGAGAGUGGCAACCACUUGGGCCCCGGUGAACGGACAUUUACAGUCCACAGGGAAGGCCAGGGGGCCGGCGCCCUUCGAUCUUUCUGUGUUGAAGGGCAGCGCCUACAUUAUCGCCUGCCGGGGAUACAUCAACAGUGUGCUGACAGACAGCCGCAUCCAUGAGCUGAUCGAGUGGUGCAAAGACACUUACAGCCCAGACGAGAUCCUCUGGGCCACCACCCAACAAAUGCCCGGAGUUCCGGGUUCCAUGUCGGCCACUUCUCACGUGUAUCACAGAAUUUCGAUUGCACGGCUGGUGCUGUGGAUUGGCCAGACCAAGUGUCACGGCAAUUUUGUGCGGGAGGUAUGUGUGUUCGCUGUCGCAGACCUGCCUUGGAUCCUGAGCCAUCAUCACCUGUUCGCGAACAAGUUUGACGUGGAAUCGGAUUCAGUCGCCGUCUUCUGUCUGGAGGAGUACCUGCGGGAGAAGAGGCUGGCGGAAAUUGAGAGUGAUGGGAAAUGAUCGCCUCCCAUGUCUAAUGAAGUGUCCUUUUGUUGUUCCGAAAGAGGUUAGCUAAUUAUAGUGCCUGUAUUGGUCCAUAUGUUAUUGCAAAAAUACUAAUGGAUG